GCUGCAGCCGCCGCCGCCGCCGCCUGCCGCUGCGCGUUCGGCGGGGGAGGAGUCGGAGGCGGAGAGGAAGGCGGUGGUGGCGGGUGGAGGAUCGAGCGCUGUUCUCGCUCUGGAGCCGCUGCACAUUUCGGAAUCUUUUGCAGCUUAUCUACUGUGUGAGUGAAAAUCAAGUCACACCAUAAUUCAACUGAACUGGACACACAGACACUACCAUAUAUGUCACAGGGCACUGAGAAAGAACCAUCUGUAAUGGAUCAAGAAUCCAGCAAGGCUGCUUGGCCCAAGCCAGCAGGAGGAUAUCAGACAAUUACAGGCAGGAGAUAUGGAAGAAGACAUGCAUAUGUGAGUUUUAAACCGUGUAUGACCAGGCAUGAAAGAAGCUUAGGUCGGGCUGGUGAUGACUAUGAAGUGUUGGAACUAGAUGAUAUUCCAAAGGAAAAUCCUUCAGGUUUCAAUUCACUGGAUGAAGUUUAUUCUUCUUUACCCAACAAACCUACAUUUGAAAAAAAUGAAACAGAAAUUCCCACUUGUGACACACAACUGAGUCAAACCAUUGAGAACAGCCCUUCCAUUGCCACAGUUCGCCAUAGUGAGGAAGUCAGGGAGACCUUAGGAAGCAAUACAAAUCUUCAUAAUCACUCUGAGACGGAGCAUACUCAAGGAGUUUGUAAUGUCUCGGGUGUUCCAAAUGGAAUUGCAUUGGCUCAUACUGACUCUCAUGAUCCAGAUUGGAAACAUGGGAAUGAUAAUGACUGUUGUCAGCUUUCUGCAGAUGCUGUGGAAAGUGAUAGAUAUCAGGAAACAUUAGGCGAUGCAUUAUUUGAGCUUGAAAAUGAAGAGGCAGAGGUGUACAUUGAUAUUUCAAUGCCAGUUUCCUCUCUAAGUGAAAUAAGAGAUGAGUUUGAAGAAUUAGAUCCAGAGUCUUUAGUGAAAAGUUCUACCAGUGAUGCUGAGUUUGUCCAUCAGAAUGGGCAGGAAUUUCAGGCAUCCUCUUCUGAAGAUGAAAUUGUUACAAAUAAGCCAGAAGACAAGACUGACCAGGAAAGGCAGACAGAAAAUUCAACUGAAGAUGCAGUCUGUGUUUCAGGUCAUAUUUGUAGUGAACAAAAUACAAGUGAUAGGGAUAAGCAUGUUGGAAGUCCUCCUGAACAAGUAGUGAGGCCAAAAGUUAGAAAAGUAGUAAGUUCAAGUCAGAUGGACCAAGAAAUGGGUUUUAAUAGACAUGAGGCUAAACAAAGAAGUGUUCAGAGAUGGAGAGAGGCUUUGGAAGUUGAGGAAUGUGGUUCAGAUGACGCUUUAUUAAAGUAUGAAGAAAUAGAUGGAGAACAUGAAUGUAUGUUCUUGGAUCCACCUUACUCAAGAGUCACACAGAGGGAAAGAGAACACAAUCACGCGGCACCAGAGAGUGGAGCCACAGCAGGAAGGCAAGAUGCUCGGGGCAGUGCUCUUUGGAAUGGCUGUGGAGAUUAUUACCAACUUUAUGACAAAGAUGAAGAAAGUUCAGAAUGCAGUGAUGGGGAAUGGUCUGCUUCUCUGCCUCACCGAUUUUCUGGUACAGAAAAGGAUCAGUCCUCAAGUGAUGAAAGCUGGGAAACUCUGCCAGGAAAAGAUGAGAAUGAACCUGAACUACAGAGUGAUAGUAGUGGCCCUGAAGAAAACCAAGAGUUGUCUCUUCAUGAAGGGGAGCAGACAUCCUUGGAAGAGGGAGAAAUUCCUUGGUUACAGUACAAUGAAGUCAAUGAAAGUAGCAGUGAUGAAGGAAAUGAACCUGCCAAUGAGUUUGCCCAGCCAGAAGCUUUCAUGUUGGAUGGCAACAAUAAUCUUGAGGAUGACUCCAGUGUGAGUGAAGACUUAGAUGUAGACUGGAGCCUGUUUGAUGGCUUUGCUGAUGGACUAGGAGUUGCUGAAGCUAUUUCUUAUGUGGAUCCUCAGUUCCUCACAUACAUGGCACUAGAAGAACGCUUGGCCCAGGCUAUGGAGACUGCACUGGCACAUUUAGAGUCUCUUGCAGUGGAUGUCGAGGUGGCCAAUCCACCUGCUAGUAAGGAAAGCAUUGAUGGUCUUCCAGAGACCCUUGUUCUAGAAGAUCACACUGCUAUUGGUCAGGAACAGUGCUGUCCAAUCUGCUGCAGUGAGUACAUUAAGGAUGACAUAGCCACCGAGUUGCCCUGUCACCAUUUCUUUCACAAACCUUGCGUUUCAAUUUGGCUACAGAAGUCGGGAACAUGCCCCGUGUGCCGCCGUCAUUUCCCACCGGCUGUUAUUGAAGCAUCUGCAGCUGCUCCUUCUGAGCCUGGUUCUGACGCCCCUCCUGCUAACGGCGGUACUGCAGAGGCCCCCUAAACCUUAAGGUCAAGAUGAGACCGUUCUGUCAAAGUAAAUCUGCAAAUUCCUUCCAAUCUGAUGUGCAAAUAAUUAUAUACAAAUAUAUCAAAACGCUAUAUAUAGUAUACGCAGUAGUUUAGAAGGAAACCAUUAACCUUUCUAAACUGAACUUAGGUUUGCAGAAAGUACUAAACAUUUUCAAGCUGAAUGUUAAAGCAGUGCAUCCACUUCCUGUAGCUGAAUAUAUCGGUAUUAAUUGUAAAGUCAGGCGUAUGGGUUAACUUUCUCCAAAGCAGUCAUCUCUGUGGCACAUGUUACGAUCUUGUCUAAAGUACUGACACUAAGAUUAUAAUUAAGCUCUCCUAUUUGCGUCAGUCAUGAAGACUGUGAUCACAACAGUAGUAAAAUGUAAUUUCAUUGGGAAUAAAUUGAAUUCUAAAGCAUGCUUUUUCACUGGUCCCUUUGCUUUCACUACAUCAAAACUUCUUAGUUCAUAAUACUGAGAAAGUUUUAGGAAAGAUGUCUACUUUUCCAUCUUAAUUUAAAACUAAAAUUUUUCAGAAUGUCAAACAUAGCCUAAAAUGUUGACCAGAACAUCAAAAAAAUCAAUAAAUAAAAUUGUAGCUGUAACUCUUCUGAAAUGCUUAGGUAAUGAAAUAUUCAGUAAACAUUGGAUGUGUUUGAUGUAAGGUUAGUAAAGCAUGUGAAAAUCUGGGGUGCUCAAUGCUUGAUGCAAUUAGAUACAUUUGAUGGCCUUAUGAGACCCUUCCUAAGCUCUUUUGCAGUCUGCUGCUACUUGGUUGAAAUUAUACUUGAAGGUCCAGAACAUUCUUGGCAUAUUUGUUUAAUAAGAUGGAUUAUAGUUAAUUUAGGGUAAUUUUGGUUGUAAGCUAUUUCAGAAGGUCUGAAAACUUACACAGGGUCACAUUUGUAAUUAUAUAACCCCAAACCAAAAUUGCACAAUUUCUCUUUAGGUUAUCACGUACAUUAGGCCAGUUUGAAAACAUGGACAGAAUAUGUAGCUUACAGAUGUGCUUUGUUAUCAGAGCUAGAGAAGAAGGGCUUCUCAUGUCAUGUUUGAGCAAGUAAAGUAGCAAAGCACAGUGUGCAUCCAUCCAAGUGGUCCACUGGUAAUUUAUUUCAGGAAUCUUUAUAUGGCUCCCCAAAUGUAUUUACAUUUAAUUUCUGUGAUUUCUCUGAGUAUUUUUAUUCUGUCUCUUUUCUUCAUUCUUAAAAAAUAAAUGAAUUUUUACUGUUGGCACAUUUGAGGCUUAAAUAUAAGGAACAUAACACUUGCAUUCUAAUUUUUGCAUAUAUUGUAAAUGUGGCUGGUAUUUACAGCAAAAUACUGUGUAUCCUUUUAUGGGGAAAACAAAAGUGAACAUUGCAUGCAUGUAAUGUGGUGAAUUUGUAAUUUAGGGGUUCUUGGGGGCUUCUGUGACUUUGGAUGCUUACAUUCAGGCCUUCUUGUUGCUUUAACUAGCAUGUUUUCCUUCCAGUGUAUAUAGUCACUGUUGUAUAAACUAACCUUUGCUUGUUUUCUACUCUGUGAGCUUUCCACACCAGAUUCCAUUGGUAAUCAGUUAGUGUCAAGAAGUCAAACCAGAUUAACAUUAAUGCUCAUGUGUAUAUUGUGGAAAUUUGUGACUAGUGUGGUAUUUUUUGUUUGUUUUCUUUCAAGUAGUGUUGAUCAGUUGUGGCAUUCAUUAGUUGAGCUUACAUCGCUACAGAUUUCUCUGUGAUAAGCCACACAUUAUAUUAGGAAGUAUUAAGGGACCCUGGUUUUUUCUCCUGGAUAGCAGCUGUCCCAAAGGACAUAUUCAUUCUCCUUUGCCUGUUAGGAUUUAACUGUUACCUGCCAGUUGCUGAGUGAGUGAGAGGUUUGGUCCCGCGCGCAGCCAGCAGUGACGAGAGCCGAGCAUACGAUGGCUGUUGUGCUUCUUGCUUCCAUCUGCUGCUGUCCUUCACUGCUGGCUACCACCAUGCACAAGCAGCUGCUAUGAAGGAGAAAAGUUGAAUAAGACUUGAUUUAAAUUUUUAAAAAAGGAAAGUGAAGUUGUAGGACUUUGGUAACAAGCUGAGGCUGACAAGUUCAGACUCCAAUAUAUUUGAUCUUCUCUUGGAUCCUUUUGAAAAAGUUAAGAAUAUAUGAAGGUAAAUUAGAAAAAAAUAUUAAUAAAAUAUCAUUUAUCUUGUUUUUCUAUUUUUUGUUUUUGACUUGACUUAAUAUUAUUUUUGAACAUUUUCUUAUUUCUUAUAAUAUGAAUGCUGAUAUUUAAAAUUCAUGUGGUUUUCUUUUGUGUUUCUUAAUUGUUUACCUCUAAGCUAACUAACUUUUAAGAUUAUUUGUGAUCGGAAUUUAUAUAUAAGCUGUUAAAUAUAUAUGAACUGUUAAAAUGGAAUGCAAGUUUUUCAGAAGCCCAGGUCUAACUGUAAUGAUUGGUUUAUUGUUCUACACCUCCAGCCCAUCAUCUUCUGUGUAAAUCAUAAACAAUAAACAGAAUAUACUCGG